UGAAGAUUCCUUCCACAAAUAAAACAGCAAAUGAACAGGAAAUGAUCUGAACCAGAAUGGAUGCAAAAAGGGCUUGUUCAUCAUCUGAUGCCAUUUCUCCUAAAGAUCCCUCAGAGGAAAUGAUUGAUGAUGGAAAGCACAUUGUCAAUAGUUAUAAAGAAUUGUUUGACAGUGAAUCUUUUAGCGACAUUGUUCUGGUUGUUGGCGUGAACCGUUACUCAGUCCACAAGUUUGUGUUAAUUACAGCUAGUGAGGUCUUCCAAGCCAUGUUGAAUGAGGACAGAUGGCAUGAGGCAAACCAACCAGAAGUCACCCUCACCGAGGAUGAGGAGUGUUUACCUGUCUUUAAAGGCUUCCUCAGGUAUUUGUAUUGUGGAAGCAUCACUCUGACUACUGCUACUGUAUUGCCAGUUCUAAUUUUGGCCGACAAAUACUCAAUUCGUACUUUGUGUGCGUCCUGUGUUGAGUACAUGCUGCAACAUGUAGUGGAAUCCCCGGACACCAAUCGAGCAUUAUCCUGGUACCAAUAUGCUAAAAUCACAGGCUAUAGUCAACUACAGGAGGAAACCUUUAAGUUCAUCCUCUCCAACUUCCAUAUUGUACAAAACUCUCCUGAUUGGCUGAUGCUGAAUAAGAUUGAAGUUCAGGAAUUCCUGAAGAGUUCUGAUAUUGUGGUGGAAAGUGAGCACCAUCUUUGGAAGAAACUUGCUGAGUGGUUUACUCAUCAAGAAGAUGUGGCUGAAGUUUUGAAGGAGUUACUGCCCCUAGUCAGGUUUCCACUAAUGACCCCCAAACAGUUGUAUGACAUUGAGCAUUCAGAUCUGUAUAAGGAAAAUCAUCAGCUGUUUAGUGAAAAAUUUUUACAAGCAUACAGACGACACUCACUUCUCAGUGAAGAUGUGGAUAAAUUGUCCAGCACCAUGGUGGAACCACACAGAAAUUACAGUUCCCCAGAUUAUGGAAUUUCUUGCCCUUUAACCUUGAAAAAUUACCAGGUCAAGGCCAAAAUUGACAGUAAAAUAAUAGAAGAUAACUUCAAGGUUCCCAUACAGUUCAAUCCAUCUAGCAACAAAACUGGCCAAGUAAAAGCCACCUUUCAUGUUGAGUUCUUCCCGAAGGGAUACUUUCAACCCCACUUGCUUUAUCAAACCUACCUUGGAAAACAUAAUGAGAAGACAACUCUAGUUGUUCGUCGCAUGAACCCAAUCCUGACCCCAGAAGUUGUUACUGUAGAAGUUACCCUAGUCAUUUAUGGGAAGAAAAAUCAGGUACAAUAUGCUGCCCACACUGUAACCAAGACCUUUGAUUUCUGUCAGAAGACCCCUAAACUUGAGAUAGAAAAUGUUAUAUCUGUGGAGAAGUUCCAUGAGAAUAACUCCUCUUACCUUGUCAAUGGAAGCUUUCAGGCGACUCUGUUCCUCAAGGUUUUGAAUGUAAUCGAAGGAAAAGAUGGAGCCAAGAGAUAAUGCAUUUAAAAACCAGCUGAAUUUUUUUUAAUAGAUUUUGUAGGCAUGCAUCUUUGUAGUUUAUUGUACCAUGGUAUUUUCUUUAUCUUCAUUUUUGCUGAAUUAAUUUCUAUACAUUCGGUGAUCUUUUUAGAGAGAAAUUUACUUUAAUAUUGUGUGUGUGUUUCUGUGCAUUUUUAAAAUCUAUUACCUGGUACUUAGGUAAAGUUAAGAAUUUGUCUUUUAUGUGAAUUU